AUGGGGAACAAGUGCCGACACUUGAGUAUGCAGUUGUACAGGUCCCUCAUCAACUCUCGGAGUCUGAAAAAGUUGCUAGAAGGUAGCGCGUCCAGUGGCACCUCGAGCCGUCGCGGUGUGUUCACCAGUCACCCGUGA